AUAUUUUGUGUGUUGUGUGUGUGCAUAGCGAGUCCAUGCUAACAGUUCCGAACAUGGCCUAUUCUAAAACUUCAAGUGACCGCAGGGAUCGGAGACCUGAUUUAGUUGUAGCGUUUGAUUUCGGAACAACGUAUUCCGGAUAUGCCUACGCCUUUCGGCGUCAAUUUGAGUCUAACAACUUGAACGUGACGUUGAAUCCUCCGUGGACGACCACCUCAGAUAACCUACUUUCAAAGAAGACACCGACAUCACUUUUGCUCAAUCCUCUAGGGGAAUUCUACGCCUUCGGGACGAAAGCAGAUAACAAAUUUGCGGAGUUAGCAUGCGAGGACCAACAUCGGGACUGGUACUACUUUCGGAGAUUUAAGAUGAAAUUGCAUUCAAAAAAGGAGCUGAAGAGAGGUUUGAAGAUGAAGGACGAACUUGGAAAACCAAUGCUGGCCUCCACUGUUUUUAGCAUGGCUAUAGGUGCUCUAAAAGAACACUUCCUAAAUACUCUGAGGACCAAAGAGGCACAGGAUCCAAACUCCCUGGAUAUCUUGUGGGUCCUGACCGUGCCCGCUAUAUGGAGGGAUUCAGCAAAGCAGUUCAUGCGUGAAGCGGCUAUGGAGGCGGGAAUCGAUGGGCAUAACCUCAUUUUAGCGCUGGAACCGGAAGCUGCGUCAUUGUUUUGUCAGCUGCUUCCUAUUGACAAACUCCAUACAAACAAAGAGACUCGUUUCUCAGUGUGUCGUCCGGGCGCCACCUUCAUGGUAGUUGAUUUGGGAGGAGGGACGGCUGAUAUCACAGUUCAACGACGGGAGAACGACGGCAGUCUUUGUGAGAUGUAUGCAGCUACCGGUGGUCCUUGGGGGGGAGUGGGUGUCGAUCGACAAUUCAUGAUCUUCAUAACGAGACUGAUGGGACCAGAUGUGAUGUCACGAUUUUCAAAGGAAUGCUCCGAAGACCUUAUGGAUAUGUACAGAUGUCUGGAAACCUGUAAGCGAACCAUUCGUCCAAACAGUUCUGGAUACUUUACAAUUAGCAUUCCAGAAACUCUCACAGAUAUUUACAAGGAUGCUAUGAAAGAAAAAUUUGGUACCAGGUUUCCAGAAGAAUUUGAAAAUAAAAUAAAGUUUUCACAUGGUAACCUUAAAGUAGACGUUCAGCUAUUAAAGGACUGUUUUACCCCUGUCAUUGAAGAAAUAAAAAAUCAUGUCAAAAAUAUUCUGUUACAAGACAAUUGCGCAAGCGUCAAAACAGUCUUGAUGGUGGGAGGCUUUGCCGAGUCUGAAAUGGUUUCCUCUGUUAUGGUGAAAGAAUUUCCUAACUGUCGAAUUGUAAUUCCUGUGGAAUCUGAGACAGUCGUUCUCUGUGGCGCAGUGAUAUAUGGUCAUUCUCCUGGAACUAUUUCUACUCGCGUCGUUAGAUACACAUACGGUGUGAGUUAUAUGGUUGAGUUCGAACCAAACAAACAUCCGGAGGAUAAAAAAGUAGAAAAAGAAGGCGAGGCUCCUCAAUGUAAAGAUUUGUUUGAGAUUUUCGUACAAAUGGGAACGCCACUUAAAACGGGUGAAUCCAUAUCAAAAGUGUACAGUCCUGCCCGAAAGGAUUCGAAAAGAAUGGUCAUUAAGGUAUAUGCCUCUAGUAAGAAAGAUCCGCAGUUUGUAACAGAGGAAGGUUGUUGGCGGCUUGGGAUAUUGCUUGUGGACCUGCCUGAUUCCAACGAUAACUCCGAACUGGAUGUUCAAGAACGCAUGAUUUUCGGGGAGACGGAGCUCAGGGUUGAAGCAGUGGAACCUGUUUCAGGCAAAACAUUUUCGACGCGGUUUGACUUCCUCUAACUGUUCACUGAGAGAAUGUAGGUGUAACAGGAAGGAGUAACGAAAAAAUACAACCGCUUUACUAAAGGGAAAUUCCCACAAGCCGAGGCUGGUAAAAUGACCAGUACUCUCACCUUUUACAUUCGCUAUUAAUUUUGAUUAAGUAAGACCAUGAUGUAGUGCCCGAUCCAGAUUGAAAUUGUACCUAAAUUGGUUUGGCUCGAGGUGUCUUGUAUUCUUGUAUUGUAUGUAACAAUUUGCAAACAGGUGAUUGGUAUAUCACUGGAUAUAGUCGAAAGACAAAAUUGUUUUGGAUUAU